CCAUUGCAUUUGUAGUGCGGUUAUAAUUUUAAAAUCUGAUAUGAGUUGAAACGAGGAAAUGGACGCAUUAGAAGAAAAAAUUAACUCCGACGAUCCAAUUUUGGUGACCCGAGUGCUAUCAGAAAUUUUUGAAAAGGUCCGGUCUUCGGACGACGUAAACCCGGCUAUGAUAACUUUCAUGCUGCAAAAAUGUUGCUGCGACAAUCCCCUCGUCAGUGGCAUAUGCUGCCAAGUGGUUAUGCGUUUGAUAGAAGCAGGCAAAAUUCGAAUGGAACCGUUUUUAGCAGACUUGGUCGCUGCGUCAAGCAGAAAGUAUUCCACUGGAUUGAUAAAAAUUUUGUCUAGUCUCAUUUAUUAUCGAGUCACAAAGCUGGAUACUACUGUUGCAAUGCAGAUCAAUCAAAAUGUGUUUGUGAAAAUAUUAAUGGAAUGGCCUGAAUCCCAGAUGUGUAUUUAUAACGAAAUUGCUCAAACAUACAAGAGAGAUGAAAAGUUCAAAUCUUUAAUUACAACAAUGUACGAACCUGUCUAUCUGUUUUGUAUUUGCAAUACUAUACUCAGUUUGAAUUUAGGAUUGAUUAGAGAAUCUUUGUGGAUGUUUUUGCUUGGGAUGGAUCCACAGGUGUUGCUAAAACUAAUUUGUUGGAUACAAGUACGAAAUAAUAAUUGCAUCGAAUUAACGAGCCACCUGUUAAACAAAACUUUUCAAUAUCCACAUGAUUUAAACAAUCAAAUUUUAAUUUUAAUUGAGGUGUCGGUACUCUAUAACUCAAUGCUCAAUAGGAAAGAUUGUCAUUCAACUCUGGAUGUGUUGAAACAUGUUUCAUCAGAUAUUGAUUCACCUAUUGCCAACAUAUCUUUACUUCUACUGUCGCAAACAAUAUCUAUAAGCUCUCCGGAAUAUCUUCAGGAUUUAUUCAAAUUAUGUAGAAUGAUAAUCUUAAACAACAACAUCCAUCCGGUAACCUAUUUAACUGUAAAAUACUCAGCUUUAGUGUGGUUAGCAAACCCAUGUGCCCUCUAUAAAGAUGCUCUACUUAUUGCACAAGAUUUACUCUCAAUCGACUUCAAACACAAUAAAAAUGCAGAUAAUCAUAGUGCAGAGUCCCUAAGCGGGUUUGACUUUUUAAUGCAGACCAAUUUUGAUAUUGCGUUGACGACGAGUAUAACCUCCAAAUUAGAGCCCAUCUCUGUUGAUGAUUUAUCGGUAUGGGUGGAACAACUAGAAACGGUUCCAGUCUUUCUCCUUAAGCGUUUGUUUUCCUUGGUAUGUAGCCUCUGUUUGUACAAAAAAUUGCCACCUUCAACCCAAACCAAACUGCUUUCUUUGAUAGUAAAGUGCACGCGUCAAUACGCCCACCUCUCGUCCCACGCUCUCACCAUAAUCCUCUAUCAAUUGUCGGAUAUUGAUUAUGUAAAUAUACACUUCGAACUGCUCAAAGCCCUUCCCGCAAUGGCUCACAACAAAAACAACAGUCCGAAAGUCGUGGCAACAUUGCAAGCCAUCGCGCAGCGUCCUCAAUUGGUUUGCGUCGCCGCAUCUUUGAUGUACGAAGUUUGGCAAAUCGACCGGAAAUAUUACCAUAACCUCGAAUCACUGCUCGCCAUGAAGAAACCCGUUCUGUUGAACGAUUUGUGGCAGUAUAACGUGACAAAAGCUAAUAUUUUUAAAAAGCUCUGCGAAUCUUGCCCCGAAUUGUACGGCAAAGAUUUAGUCGCCCAGCUAUCCAAACUGUUAAACGAGUGCAAUUCGAAACACGACGAGCUGCCGUGCGCUUUGGCCAUCGAAGGGAUAGCGGCCUUGUGCCGUAGCGACGUCAUUAACGUUGCGACGACGUGGACGACAUUAUCGAAAAAAUUCAAGGAAGACGACAGACGACGCGUCAUAAAAAGUUUAUGUUUGCUUAUAAGCGAAGUACCGCAGUUGCAGUACUCCGAAGACAACGAGGCGUUAAAUGCCGACGUUUUAUCGCAGCUGUGGCAUUAUGCGUCAACAAACAACGACUCGGAAGUGGUAAAAUCCGCAUUCCAAGUCAUCAGUCUGUUUUCAUUCGAGAACGUGUGUGAACACAUACCUGAAAUGUACCUGGACGAAAAUCCAGAAUUGUACGUCGGAGGACAAAGACUCGUACCUGGGAAAACGUGGUUGACUUUUUUAUUGAAAUGCGGCCACCCUACAGAGGCAAGCGAUUUCGUAACGCGUUUGAUUUCGAAGGAGGUGGCGAACUAUCUUAAAUAUGUAUACCAAGUGAAAGGCCACCGUGAGCCGGAGAAUUACGCUGCCUUGCCUUCGCACAGCAUAGUUAGAGCGUUGGGGGAGUUUUUGAAGCGAAAUUUUAAAAACUAUAAAACAUGGCAGACCGACAAUCCGGACAAAGCGAGGCUCUACGUCGAGUGCUUGAAGAUUCUCAGUCAAAAAUAUCCGAAACCGUUACCGCCGCUCGAUUGGUGCUUCCUGCAGGAACUAGUCCAUGAGCCCGACAUGCGCGGCCACUGUUUGGACUUGGCCUCGCAUCAGGUGGUCUUAUCUGGAUCUGCGCGCCGCCUGAUGGAGAAUAUUAUAAUCGCGUUCGCCGAGAAGCCUCAGGACGCAGAGAUAACGAUCGUUUUCAGAAACCUCGACUGUUUGGCCAACAGUAUUCAGCCAGGGACGUUGAAACCGUUUUUGCAGGCGUCUUUCGGGUACGCUUUGUCGCUAUACGAUGAAAAACCUGCGCUGUUUCGUAGCGUGUUGCUCGACGCGAAUGACAUGUUGAAAAACAAGAACGUGCAGGACAUUAACAAGAAUUGUUUGGGAGAGGUUCUGGUUGGGCUUAUUUCGGCGACUGACGCGAAGUCGGAAGCGUUCCCGCACAUGCUCGAAUGUUUGCCGCACAUUUCUAGCGACACCCAACAGUCGAUAGCCAAACUAACGGGCGGCCUGUUUGUCCACAGAGAAUUUUUAAAAACCGUUAAAAUACGAUGUCGUUUGGUUAGCGCAUCCGUGUCUUCGAACCCCCUGAAUUGGCUAAACGACGUCAUCGACGCAGCGGCCAAAAACAACGUCGGAGACGUGAUAUUCGCUGAUAUCGUCGACGCGGUAAAAACGCAAGUCCACAAUCCAGCUUCGCCCUCUUGGCUUCCCGAACUUCUCGGACAAAUCCAAGUCAAAGUGACCGACGGAGUGCCUCAGCGAGAAAUUUCUUAUUGGUGCGAGGUGUUAAUCUUGGCGACGGUCACGUUUUCCGGGUUUUACGCGUUUUUAAAUGAAAACUACGAAAACGCGGGAGAACUGUUUCCGGCCGCGUUGUCCGUCCUGAUGACGGAAACCGGUUGGGACGCCCUUAAAACCCAGGUACUCGAAUGGCUCCAUCAUAUGCACUUUGAGUCGAGCGUUGCGAAAAGAUACAGAUUAGUUUUAGGGCGGGCGCUUUGCGCUCUGAGACACGAAGAAGAGUUUUCGAAAAAUUCCAGGUGGAUGAAGUACUUGGAUUGUAAAAUAUUAGCUAGCGAAAUAAAUUGAAGGCGUUUCUAUUUA